GUACGGCGAUACACGGAUUAACAGUGAUUAAUGGCGUGAGCUAACGUCAGCGGACACAUGGAAGAAUAAGCAGUGUUUAAUUGUGAAUGUCUGGAUACAGGAGUGUGUUUUGGUUAAUACUUUUCAAAGUAGUUGAACGCUUAUUAGCAGCGAACUAGCUUAAAGGCUAGCGCAGUGUAGGCUUUGAGUUCCCCACCCACGCCUCAUUCCUAUUGGCCGGCAAUUGCUGGAGUCAUGUGUCGUCACCGCGUUUGAGGCCUUUGAAUGGCUGUAUAAUCUGUCAUUCAUCUUUUCACCACUUGUUGCUAGGGAGAUUGUUUGAUGCUAGCCACGGCGGAAGUACAGGUAGCUGUCACUUUUUGGGGGGGUAAACAGAGAUGCAAGUUAACUAGCUAACGUGGCGACAGCUUAUAAUUUCUACUUUAUGUCACGUUACAAGGUGAUUAAACAUGUGUAAUAGCAGUAGCCGGGUCUCAAAACACAAGGUGGCUAACACGGCUAACACAGGACGAAGAUAGGCGAAAUAGAGGAGGGAGGGACCCUGUCUGCCUCCUAACGUUGUCGUUAGCCAGCCCAGCGAGCUUUCUCGACUUGCGUUCACCUUCAGCUGCACCCUCAAGAAGUAGUUGUACGUCAAGGGUUAGGGUGAUGCCUAAAAAGCUUGUUUUUGUAUUUCCAAGAACAAAAAAAAAGGCAUUACGCGGUGCGAGCAGACAUGUCUAGUCUUGGGAGGAUGGAGGAGUGGUUGCAGUGUUGCUACUAGCAAGUCCUUUUUUCUUUUCGUUUACAUGUGCUUAAUGAAUGGGAAGAUGAGAAACGCAUGAAGAACAAGGCUUUGACCACAGACUGGACUCUCUCAGAGUGGAAACCCCCAUCUUGGAUCUUGGACGCCUUCUAAACAUCCAGACCCCACUCCCCCUCACUGUCUUUAACCACUUUUUAUGUUCAUGUAUUCGUCUCCGUUUUUAAGUGCAAGUACAGAAGUAUCGAUCCCAGGUAGUUGACCCCCGCUUUUGUUUUUAUUUUUUACUUUCACCUUUUGUUCCUUUGUAAAGAAAUGCUUUACCUGAAAAAGUACUUCACAGAGGGCCUGAUUCAGUUCACCAUCCUUCUGAGUCUCAUUGGGGUGCGGGUGGACCUUGACACCUAUCUAAACAAUCAGCUGCCCCCUCUGAGAGAGAUCAUCCUGGGCCCUAGCUCAGCCUACACCCAGACACAGUUUCACAACCUGCGCAACACGCUGGACGGCUAUGGCAUCCAUCCAAAGAGUGUGGACCUCGACCAUUUCUUCACCACUCGACGGCUGCUGAACCAGGUGCGCCAGCUGGAUCGCUUCUCUGUGCCCAGUACCGAGCUCAACACCUGGCUAGUUCAUCGUGACUCUGAGACUGUGGUGUCUGCCAGCAGCCAGUCCAGCCCCAGCAUCACCCUGGACAAUGGGGCCGGCUUAGAGGACAUUAACAACCCUGACGCUACCCCGGCCAUGAGGGGAGGAAGUGGAGCACCUGAAUCCACGUACAACCUGAACGCAGCAGACAGCAGCCUGGGAGCUGUUGCCCCAGAGGGCAACCAGGAGCAGGGCAGCAGGGAUGGCAAUGAUGACCUCACCAAAGAGGACAUUGACUUGAUUGACAUCCUAUGGCGACAGGACAUCGACCUUGGUGCAGGACGAGAAGUGUUCAACUACAGCAACCGUCAGAAGGAGAGCGAGGAGGAGGAGAAGCCCAGCCCACAUGAGAACAAAGACGGGAAUGAGGAACAAGAGAGCUGGAGAAAUGGAGUAAACGUACAAGGAGUUCAGCCGGUCGACGGGGAGACAGGAGAGAGUAUUCCAGAGCAGCUCCCAGGUAUUGGCUCACAGACUUCACUGUCUUUACAAGAAUGCUUGAGGCUGUUGGAGGCCACGUUCCCUUUUGGAGAAGAAUCAGAGUUUCCAGCCCCGGUUGUCCCCCCGGAAAUAGUUUCCAAUGAAGAAGCUCCUUCUACAUCUCAGGGCCUUCCUCUGGCACCACAGCUGCCCCCAGCAGAGCCACAGUUGGACCUGGAGCAGCAGUGGCAAGACAUCAUGGCCAUCAUGGAGCUACAAGCAAUGGAAGUGAACACUUCGCUCAACACCAACUCCAGCAGUGUCAACGGCACAAGUGGGACAACUGAGUCAAGCCCUGUGGGGAGCUUCGAACUUUCUACUCCUUCAACACCAGUUAACCAGGAUGUCAGCCUUCACCAGGCCUCCCUCCCCAGCUGCAGCCAAGACUUUACACAGAUUUUCAAUCCCCAGUUGGACUCUAUUACCAUCACCCCAAGAACCACCAUGCCCAGACUUUCUUCCAGCAACUCCAGCAACAUAAACUCCACGUUUGGAGCCACUAACCUGACCGGGAUCUUUCUCCCACCACACAUUAAUAGUUCUAGUAACAACAUUACAUCCACACCUAUCCUGCCCGAUCCAUUCAGCACUCUGCUGGAAGAGUCCAUGCUCGAUGAGAUCAGCUUGCUGGACCUUGCCAUGGAGGAGGGCUUCAGCCAGGCCCAAGCGUCGCAGUUGGAGGAUGAGCUUGACUCAGAUUCCGGUCUUUCCUUGGACUCCAGCCACAGCCCGGCCUCCCCAAGCAGCUCUGAGACAUCCUGCUCUUCUGCAGCAUCUUCCUCUUCAACGUCUGCUACCUUCUCAGAGGAGGGAGCUGUGGGCUACAGCACCGACUCUGAAGUUGCCACUGUGGAGACAGAGGAAGGUGCUGUCGGGGGUUAUCAGCCUGAAUACAGUAAGCUCUGCCGUAUGAGCUAUCAAGACCCCUCCCAGUUUCACGGGCUCCCUCAGCUCGACAGCAUCAGCCACAAUCAUACGUACAACCUGCCGCUAUCAUCUGCGUUCUCUGAGCACCCAGAGCUCCCCAUUUCAACUGGGAAGAAGACUGUCCGCGACAAACAGCACUCAAAGCUUCAGCCUCAUCAGGACUUGCUCGAUAAACACGCAAGCCGUGAUGAACGCCGAGCCCGGGCCAUGAAAAUUCCCUUCUCCAACGAAAAGAUCAUCAACCUGCCUGUGGAAGAAUUCAACGAGCUUCUAGCCAAGCACCACCUGAGUGAAGCCCAGCUUGCCCUUAUCCGCGACAUCCGCAGGCGCGGCAAGAACAAGAUGGCUGCCCAGAACUGCCGCAAACGCAAGCUGGACACGAUCAUAAAUCUGGAGCAGGGUGUCCAAGACCUGAGGCGCAACAAGGCCCGUCUGCUGAAGGAGAAGAUGGAGUUCAUUCGUUCCAUCCGGCAGAUGAAGCAGAAGAUGCAAAGUCUGUACCAAGAGGUGUUCACUCAGUUACGGGAUGAGGAGGGCCGGCCCUAUCCUCCCAACGAGUACUCGCUCCAGUACAGCGCAGAUGGCAGCGUGCUGAUCAUGCCCCGCGGCGUGACAACUGCUGAGCAGAACCGAAAGCCCGAGAAAAAACAAAAAGACAAAAAGAAGUGAGGGGGGGCAAACUGCCGUUUAUGCUAUAACUUUGCUAAAUCAAUAAGAAAGAUUUCUGCAGAUGCAAGAGAGAUGUCCUUUUUUUCCUUUAAGAAGAUUCCGGUGAGUAGAAAUAUGGCAUUGUUGACUACUCUCGCAUUAGUUUCUCUCUUUUCAUUCUGUUCCUACGUUAUUUUUCCUGGAAACAACUUUGAAGCAGAAGUAGCUCUUUGUUUGAGUACUGAUAUUUCAUUAUUUAGAAGGGGGAAAACAAUAAGCAAGGAGACGAGGGAUUAAAGAGGACAUUAAAGGAGCUAUUAGAAAAAUGUUAGCCGCUCUUGACCCUUUUGCACCAAACCACUGAGGAUGGAGAAGAUUUGUAGGGUAAAACAAAGGGACUGGUCUGGAGAAAAGUGGGAGUAAAAGAACAUUGUUAACAAGAAUGGUUGGAAUACCUAUGCACGGAAGGUUUUAAAGGACUAUCAGAUCACAUCCCACCCUGGAGACUUUUAGUGAUUUUCAUAGUCAACGUUUAAGUUUCAAAUGUUCAGGCAAAGAACAGCACCUAUGGUUUUGAGAGUUUAGAUACCAAAGGCUACAGGAAGUCCGUCUUUUUAGGAUGCCAUUAACACCUAUACUAACCAAAGGUUGUAUGGUGCACAUCACUUGAUCUGAACACAUCUUAAAUGCUCAAACGCUGCACUCAAAUUCCAGUUUUUGAGUCAGUUGCAUCUAAGUUUAGAAGGCCCUGAAGAGAUUGGGUUUGAUGUGUGGAUAGAGUAUGUUGAGACAAGAAACAGUCGGAGGCGGGAGGCAGAGUGUUCCCGGGUUGGCCACUGCUAAAAAAGAGGCCUGGAGUUGAAGUCCUGCGAGAGAAGCUGAUGGAUGUUUAAUGGAGGAGGCACACUGCAUUGCUAAAUGUAUCAACUUCCUUAUUAAUUAUACAUAGCACUGUAAUUUGUCUUUUAAAAGGCUUGGCUAUAUGCAUUUUGCCGUGUGUGUCGCUAUUCCUUCGCUGCAGGUUUAAAUACAAGAGCUGCGUUUAGGAAGGCUCUUAUUAACUGUUCAUAAUCUGUAGUAUAAGCAAGGUUAUAGGUCUAGCCACAUCAGCUAUAUGUAAAAGUCUACACCCUCUUUGUUGAUUUGAGCCUGUAAUCAUAAGAGGAAUUUAAGAUAUUGUGAUAGGCCAGGAACUCCAGAGUGUACUGUAUGAUUACCAUCAACUCCAGGCUAUCACAGUUUAAUGUUAUGGAUUAUUUGUUGGGUUUUUUUUUUUUGUUUCUUCUUGGAUGCCAUUCAUUCUAAACAGGCUCGAUUGUCGCUGUGGUGUAGCGAUAUCCCUUUUUAUUUAACUCAUUUGCCAACGUUACCCAACUGAAAGCCACUGGAGGCAAUUUUUUAACUGCUGUAAAGCCAAGGGGUUGGUUUAAAUAUUGAGUUCCUAUGUUUUGAAGUUUUUGUGUUGAUAAAAAAGUGAGCCGAGUUGUUAAAUGAGAUAAAAGUUAUUUGAAUGCGUGAAAUGACUGUGUGUGUUGUGGCCACUUUGAUUCGAAUGCCUUUAUUUCACAAUCUCAUCUUUUAAAUGUUUUGAGAACUGAAGAAAAAUGUUCUCAAAGUAGAAGUGCUAUUACUUGUCUAUUUGAAUGAAGUUUGUCAGUAAGUCACGUCACGUCGCCCUCUUGUUGCAGCCGACAUAGCGGUUAGGGUAGAGUAUUUUACAAGAGGCUGAACAGAACUCGCAACAUUAAGAUGAUGUCCAAAAAAAGGAGAAAUGUUUCAUUAAAUGUGAUAUUCAGGCAUGAAACUCUGGUUAACAUUCACUUUAGUGUAACCCAGUGCGACACCAACUAUUUAGUACUGCAACUACUUAGUGCACUUUUUUUGUCUGUCUCGUUAUGUAAAUAUUUUCAUGUUUGUGUUUGUCAUGAUUUAUGUAGUUUGUCAAAUGUCUCCAUAACAGUCUCACCAUCUGCUUUCAGUUUGGAUGUAGUUCCCUCUGUUUUGAGAUAUUUGCUGGCAAUCAAGAAUUGUUUUUAUUGAUUAAUAAAGUGUUUUUAUUUUCACCCGGGA